CCAAUCCAAGUCGAACUCUUUGACAACUCUAUUAUACUCCUCUGUACUCCCUUCCCUUAACUUGCCCUCGCCAAUCUCGUUAAUACCCAUUAUAUCCCAAUCUCCCAUCGAAAACCCAACUAUCAAGGCAGAGAGGGAAGAAACCCAGACGUUCUUUCUCUUCCCCAAUUCUUCACACCCACACACACCGCCAUUAUCUCCGUCGUUUUACCGGAGAGCUAAUUCUUGUUUCCGGCACCAGUCGUUGAUCGGAGGGUCAAUCUUUCCCCAAUCAUGACCAUGUUGAAUCCGCAACCUUUAGAUCAGGAAGAAGAGGAGAUGCUGGUGCCACACUCUGAUUUAGUUGAAGGGCCUCAACCGCUUGUAGAAGGUCCCCAGCCCAUGGAAGUCACACCAGCAGAGAAUGCUACAGUGGAAAAUCAAGCUGUGGAUGAGCCUCAGCUUUCACGCUAUACAUGGAGAAUUGAUAAUUUUUCCAGGCUGAAUGUGAAGAAGCUGUAUUCUGACCCUUUUACUGUUGGUGGUUACAAAUGGCGAGUGCUCAUAUUUCCUAAAGGAAACAAUGUGGAUUGCUUGUCUAUGUACUUGGAUGUGGCAGAAUCAGUUAGUCUGCCAUAUGGGUGGUGUAGAUAUGCCCAGUUUAGCUUGGCUGUUGUGAAUCAACUAAAUCCCAAGUAUACCGUCAAAAAGGAAACACAACACCAGUUUAACCAAAGAGAGAGUGAUUGGGGGUUUACAUCUUUCAUGCAUCUCAAUGAGAUCUAUGACCCUAGCAAGGGUUAUCUUGUGAAUGAUUCAAUCGUGAUUGAAGCUGAUGUUGUAGUGCGGAAGGUGAUUGAUUAUUGGACAUAUGACUCCAAAAAGGAGACUGGUUAUGUUGGGCUCAAGAACCAGGGAGCAACUUGUUAUAUGAACUCUCUUCUUCAAACUCUAUAUCAUAUUCCUUACUUCCGUAAGGCUGUUUAUCACAUGCCAACUACAGAGAAUGAUAUGCCCUCUGGAAGCAUUCCUUUGGCUCUGCAGAGUUUAUUUUAUAAGCUUCAGUAUAGUGACACUAGUGUAGCAACAAAAGAAUUGACAAAAUCAUUUGGAUGGGACACAUAUGAUUCUUUCAUGCAGCAUGAUGUCCAAGAACUCAAUAGAGUGUUGUGUGAAAAGCUUGAAGAUAAGAUGAAGGGUACAGUUGUGGAAGGGACAAUACAAAAGUUAUUUGAAGGGCAUCAUAUGAAUUACAUUGAGUGCAUAAAUGUGGACUUUAAAUCCACAAGAAAAGAAUCAUUUUAUGAUCUUCAGCUUGAUGUCAAGGGGUGUCGUGAUGUAUACGCUUCUUUUGACAAAUAUGUUGAAGUGGAACGACUUGAGGGUGAUAACAAAUACCAUGCUGAAGAACAUGGUUUGCAGGAUGCUAAGAAGGGCGUAUUGUUCAUCGAUUUCCCCCCAGUUCUACAACUUCAGUUAAAGCGUUUUGAAUAUGAUUUCAUGCGAGAUACUAUGGUUAAGAUAAAUGACCGCUAUGAAUUUCCUCUAGAGCUUGAUCUUGAUAGAGAGAAUGGUAAAUAUUUGUCACCUGAUGCUGAUAGGAGUGUUCGCAACCUCUAUACGCUUCAUAGUGUGUUGGUUCAUAGUGGUGGUGUGCAUGGUGGACACUAUUAUGCUUUCAUCAGGCCUACACUAUCUGAUCAAUGGUACAAAUUUGAUGAUGAACGAGUCACCAAGGAAGACUUGAAGAGAGCCUUAGAAGAACAGUAUGGUGGAGAGGAAGAGUUACCCCAGACAAAUCCCGGGUUCAACAACACUCCAUUCAAGUUUACAAAAUACUCAAAUGCUUACAUGCUUGUUUAUAUACGUGAAAGUGACAAGGACAAGAUAAUCUGUGAUGUUGAUGAGAAGGAUAUUGCAGAACAUCUUAGGAUAAGGUUGAAGAAAGAACAAGAAGAAAAGGAAGAUAAGAGAAGAUAUAAGGCUCAAGCCCACCUGUAUACUAUUAUCAAGGUUGCCCGUGAUGUGGAUCUUAGAGAACAGAUAGGGAAGGAGAUCUAUUUUGAUCUUAUUGAUCAUGAAAAGGUUCAUAGCUUCCGAAUUCAGAAACAGACACCGUUUAACCUUUUCAAGGAGGAAGUUGCCAAGGAGUUUGGCAUACCUGUACAGUUUCAACGUUUUUGGAUUUGGGCAAAGCGGCAAAAUCACACUUAUCGUCCCAAUCGCCCAUUGACUCAACAAGAGGAAUUGCAAACAGUGGGGCAGUUGAGAGAAGUCUCUAACAAGACCAAUGCUGCAGACCUGAAAUUAUUUUUGGAAGUGGAGUAUGGACCGGAUCUACAACCUAUGCCUCUACCUGAAAAAAGCAAAGAAGACAUACUUCUUUUCUUCAAGCUCUAUGAUCCUGAAAAAGAAGAAUUCCGGUUUGUUGGUCGGUUUUUUGUGAAGAGUUCUAAUAAACCAAUCGAAAUAGUGGCAAAACUGAAUGAUCUGGCUGGAUUUGAUCCUGAUCAAGAAAUUGAUCUUUUUGAGGAAAUUAAAUUUGAGCCAACUGUCAUGUGUGAACGUCUUGAUAAAAGGGCUUCAUUUCGCUUCAGCCAGAUCGAAGAUGGUGAUAUUAUAUGCUUUCAAAAGCGAUCUAGCACUGAGGUUGAGCACUUCAGAUAUCCGCUCGUCCCUGCUUUUCUGGAAUAUGUAAAAAAUCGCCAGGUUGUGCAUUUUCGGUCUCUUGAAAAACCAAAGGAGGAUGAUUUUUGUUUGGAGUUAGCAAAAAAUCACACUUACGAUGAUGUUGUUGAGAGAGUGGCUCAGCACCUUGGUUUGGAUGAUCCAUCCAAAAUUAGGCUUACUCCUCACAAUUGCUAUUCUCAGCAACCCAAGCCUAAUCCUAUCAAAUUUAGAGGAGUUGAUCAUUUGGUGGACAUGCUUAUCCACUACAACCAGAUUUCUGAUAUAUUAUAUUAUGAAGUUCUUGACAUUCCACUGCCAGAGCUACAAUGUCUUAAAACACUGAAAGUUGCAUUUCAUCAGGCCCUAAAGGACGAGGUAGUAAUUAUCAAUGUUAGGUUGCCCAAACAGAGUACGGUUGGUGACGUGCUUAAUGAUAUUAAAACAAAGGUCGAGCUGUCUCAUUCAAAUGCCGAACUUAGAUUGCUUGAAGUCUUCUAUCACAAGAUAUAUAAGAUCUUCCCAUCCAAUGAAAAAAUUGAGAAUAUAAAUGAUCAGUAUUGGACAUUACGUGCGGAAGAGAUACCAGAAGAAGAAAAAAACAUUGGUCCCCAUGAUCGCUUAAUUCAUGUUUACCAUUUCACCAAAGAGACAUCUCAGAAUCAAUUGCAAGUUCAAAACUUCGGAGAACCUUUCUUUUUGGUUAUUCACGAAGCCGAAACUUUAGCAGAUAUUAAAGCUCGCAUUCAAAAAAAAUUGCAUGUUCCUGAGGAGGAAUUCUCCAAGUGGAAGUUUGCAUUUUUGUCACUGGGACGCCCAGAAUAUCUUCAGGAUUCUGACAUUGUUUCCAGUCGUUUUCAGAGACGAGAUGUGUAUGGUGCUUGGGAACAGUACCUUGGUCUUGAGCACUCUGAUAAUACACCAAAGAGAACUUAUGCUGCUAGUCAGAAUCGCCACACAUAUGAAAAGCCGGUUAAGAUAUACAAUUAGAGACUCAUUUGAAAGCAGCUCCAGGGACUCUCGUGUGACAAUUCCAGGAGCUCAGCGACAUGUAUUGGGAAACUUGAGGCAGCAGGGGAACAGAAGAGGAGCCGUUUGCAGUAGUACUUUACUAGUUUCCCAUUUCUGUUUUUUUUCUUCUUUUCAUUGUAACAUUCUUCAUUCACUCUCUUUCUUUCUAGUGUUAUUCUCAACCGACGACUGUCCCCACUAGCUAGCUCACUUUGUGUUGCGUUGAUAGGCCUUUACAUGAAUCAUUGGCGCGACGACGGGGAGCCUGGUUUCCCUCCUGCAUGCAUGCAUGUAUCCCUCGUCAUAUGACCGUUUUUUUUUCUUCCUGCGUUUCAGUGUGUGUAUUCUUUGCAGCUGGUUGGUGGAUCUGCUGUAGAGAGAGUGAUGUGAUGAUGCCUUUGCAUUGUAGUUUGUUGGUUCCUAGUCUUGUGCGCAUAGAGAGAGAUUUUGGUAGCAGCAAGCAAGAAUGUAUAGUAGUAUAAAAUUAUAAUUAUAUAUACAUAGUUGUUGCUUGGACUCGUUCUGGUGAACGCCCAUGUUUUCAGGUUUUGAAUUUCCCACUCUUGUUUUCCAAU